CUCUAGACAGAGUUGUCUUCAAUGGGAACGACAAAAAGCUUGAGAGAGAGAGAGAGAGAGAGAGGGAAAAUGAGGUACGGUGGAGGAAAGAGGAGGCGCGUGGCACUGAAACCAUUCUUUGUUCUGUGUGUGUCGGUGACUGGUUUUGGACUUUUGGUGCUUUCGCUCAGGCUCCUGGAUGCUCCCGCUAGUAGCACAGUGCCUCUCUCAAGAGCUUCUUCUUCUUCUUCUUCUUCUUCUUCGGAGUUCAACACUUCAUCCAAGAAUGGCUCGCGCGUGAAAGGCGUCGUGGCGGUUCGGCGCGUGGGAGAGAAGCCAUGCAAGACGGUGGAAGAAAUGGGGGAGGAUUUCACAAGUGGUGUCGGGAAGAAAGAGUCCCUCAGAGUGAGAAGGAUGAUUCAGAAUCAUUUUCUCGCCAACGGUGCUUCAAGAAUCAGGGAUUUUCCCCCAGAGCAAUUCUGUAGACAUGGCUUUGUUCUGGGGAAGGCAAGUGAGGCAGGUUUUGGGAAUGAAAUGUACAAGGUCUUAACUGCUGCAGCACUUAGUAUAAUGCUAAACCGGUCCUUGAUCAUUGGUCAAACCAGAGGAAAAUAUCCUUUUGGAGACUACAUUUCUUAUUCCAACUUUACUUUUACGGUGAAAGAAAUCAAGCAUUUGUGGAGACACAAAGGGUGUGAAAGCAAAUAUGGGAGGAAACUGGUUAUGAGGAUUGAUGAUUUUAUGAAACCAGUAGAAACAAAUGUUAUCUGUAGCAAUUGGAAGAAAUGGAAGCAACCUAUCAUAUGGUUUCAAGGAACAGUAGAUUCUGUGGCGGCACAGUUUUUCUUAAAGAAUAUGCACUCUCAGAUGAGGACUGCUGCUCUCAAUUUGUUUGGUGACCCACAAGUUCUAGGUUUACGGCCGAAUGUUUUUGGGGAGCUCAUGAGGGUUCUCAUAUCCCCUUCAGAAGAUGUUGAGGCAGCUGUCAAUUGGGUUAUUGGUGGUGGGGAGAAUCCUGACAUCUCAUUGCAUAUGCGAAUGCUUAUGCAUAGGUCUGGAAGAGCUGUGCAGGCAGUGUUGCAUUGCCUGAACAAAGCCAUGCGCAGUCAACAUCUAAUGUCAUCAAGACCAAAGGUGGUUGUGGUGUCAGAUACACCUGCUGUUGUUAAAAGUAUCAUGUAUAUGUCUAACCUAAGUGAAUUUGUAGAGGUUCUUCAUUUUGAUUAUGACAAAUACAGAGGAAGUAUGUUUAAAGGUUUGCACAUCACAGAUUCUAGAAGGAGGGAUUGGGGUACAGCGCCUAGAUGGGUUGCUUUUGUGGAUUUUUUUCUUGCUUCUCGCGCAAAAUAUGCCACCAUUUCUGGAGCUCACCGGCGUGUCGGGACUACAUAUGCUCAAUUAGUCGCUGCACUGUCUGCAGCUUACAAUCUGGGUAUUUCUGCUAUUCACUCUGCUUAUUCUAGGGACAUGUCUGGUUCAAGGUUUAUAUUCCUUAGCAGUUUCCAGAGUAAUUUGUUGACUGAUGGCCUAAAGAAUCAGCGUGGUUGGGGCCAUGUGUGGAACAGAUAUGCUGGUCCAUUGAGUUGUCGCAAGCAGGGCAAUCAAUGUGCCUUCACACCAGUUCUCCCUUCUGCUUGGUGGGACGGUCUUUGGCAGUCUCCAAUUCCUAGGGAUAUUAAUCGUCUGGCUUCCUAUGGCAUCAAAUUAUCUGCUCUUGGCACUGUUGAUAAAGAUUCCCUUAAAAAUCACUGUAAGAAAAAGAAAAAUGUUGUACGAACCAUUACAUUCAAAUUAUAGUGUUUGGAAGUCACAUUUUUCUGUAUUCUUAGUUGUAUAACCAUAACAAUUAAUAAGAUUAUUAUAUUUAGUUUAUAUAUUUAA